AUGGCUGAGAGGCUGGGGUUAGAGAAGGCUGCGGAGCCGGGAGGAAGCUUGGAGAGGAGUGCAGAGGCGUUGAGAGGGAUGCUGGUGGGCGGGCUGGCUCGACUGCGGUGUUCUGAUGUGUUUGAAAUGGUGAACGCGUCGGGAUACAAGCUUGUCCUCGUUACAAAUGUUGAGUAUUUCACAUCAGCAGCCCCCAGCCCAAACUUUGGCCCACCGGGAUUCAGCAUGCAUCAGCAACACCAACAUCAACAGAACCAGCAGCAGCAUGUGAUGCUGGUGACAGUAUUGGAUGGUCGAAAGAACCGCCUGGAUAGAUGCGGAGUGGCGGAGUUUUCAGACGGGGCGUUUUGCGCUCCCGAGGUGGCGGAGGUUAAAGAGUUGGUGCGACGAGGGUCACUGCCUCCCUUCUUCAUGGACAAGUUGGAGGAGCAGGUGCGCCAGAUAAGGCAUAUCUACUUUGAGACGACUACCGCCUCACCUAUCUCAACCGCCCCGUACUCCUUGAUGUUGACGCUGAUGGCUCCUCUGCCCCUAGACACCCGCCCUCGCACCCCUCUCUUACCACUCAACCGCUUCCCACCCAACCUCCUCCCACCCAACCGUUUCCGACCCAACUGCCUCACACCCAACCUCCUCAGACCCAACAGCCUCAGAACCAACCGCCUCACAUCCAACCUCCUCCCACCCAACCGCCUCCCACCCAACCGCCUCCCACCCAACCGCCUCCCACUCAACCGCCUCACACCCAACCGCUUCCCACCCAACCUUCUCACUCUCAACCUCCUCUCAUCCAUCCGCCUCACACCCAACCGCCUCACACCCAACCGCUUCCCACCCAACCGGCUCCCACCCAACUGCUUCACACCCAACCUCCUCCCACCCAACUGCCUCACACCCAUCCGCCUCACACCCAACCGCCUCCCACCCAACCGCCUCACACCCAACUUCCUCACACCCAACCUCCUCUCACCCAACCUCCUCCCACCCAACCGCCUCACACCCAACUUCCUCCUUCCGCCCAUCCUACCGCCCAUGCCCCCUCCUCCCAACCCCCCUCUUCACAACCCCCUUCCUCGCAACCCCCCUCUGCCCAUACCCCUUCCUACACCCCUCCUUCAAGCUUUCACCCACAUAUCUCUCCUCCCCAGAUGCCCCCUUCCCAAAUGCCCAAUCCCCAAAUGCCCCCUCCCCACAUCCCCCCUCCCCAAAUGCCCCUUCCGCAAAUGCCCCCACCCCACAUACGCCCUCCCUACCCACACCCUCCUCUCAACCCACUCCCUCCCAAACUCCACCCCACCACCCAUCCCGCUUCCUAUCCCGCCCAUCCCUCCCCAUCCUCCACCCAUCCCGCUCCCUACCCCGCCCGUCCCUCCCCAUCCUCCACUCAUCCUUCUCCUGCCUCCGCCCAUCCUUCCCCUUUCCCUCCAAACACGCAUAAAGUUGACUUCUCCUCCCGACUUCAUACCUCUCUCCACUCAGUCACCUUUGCACACAUCUCAGAAGACUUUUGAUGCGUCGCAGACAUUAACCCCUCCUCCCGACUUCAUACCUCUCUCCAGCUACGAGUCACCACAAGACCAACCCCUUCCCCCUGGCGUGGUUCCCUCCCCACUCACGCAUUCCCCUCUUCCCCCAGCCGUUAUUCCCCCAGGGGCAGCACCUCCGCCCAUAGGGAGAGCAAUUGCGCCCCCGGGGGGAGCACCUCCGCCCCCAGGGGCUGCUCUGCCCCCAGGGGUGGCACCUCCGCCCUCAGGGGGGGCUAUUCCGCCCACCAGGGGAGCACCUCCGCCCUUAGGGGAAAAACCGCCCCCCUCAGAGGGAGCACCUCAACCCACAGGGGGAGCAGCUCCGCCCACAGGGGGACUUCCGCCUCCCCCAGCAGGCGUUCCUUCCCCAGGGGCCACUCCUUCCCAGGCAAGGGGCGCACUUACCCCUACAGGGGGAAAACCGCUUCCCCCAGGGGGAGUUUCUCUCCAUGCAUGGGGAAUACCUUUCCCCUCAGCUUCAACAUCCCCUCACUCCCUUCCGUCGCUGGUGGAAACGCCUGCUGGUGGUGCUGUUGGUACUGCUGCUGGUGCUGGUACUGCUGCUUCUGCUGCUGAUGAUGAUGGUGCUGCUGUUGGUGGUGGUGCUGGUGGUGCUGCUGGUGGUGCUGCUGGUGGUGCUGCUGCUGGUGGUGGUGCUGCUGCUGCUGCAGCAGCAGCAGCAGCAGCAGCAACAACAACAGCAACAGCAAUGGCUGAUGUGCAAGAAACAUUCACAGCUGGUGGUGCUGCUGGUGUUGCUGAUGGUGUUGCCGAUGGUGGUGUUGCUGAUGGUGUUGCCGAUGGUGGUGUUGCUGGUGGUGGUGGCACUGCUGCUGCUGCUGAUGGUGGUGGUGGUCCUGGUGGUGACUAUAGCGAGGACAUGGAUUGCGGCGAGGACGACGCAGAAUGUGACUAUGGCGAGAGUGAUUAUGAGAGUGAGGACUCACUAGAUUCGAUGGAGCUGAAGCUGGGGAUACGGCAGAGGAGGGAGGAGAGGGCUGCACAGGCGCUAGGAGUGGGAGGGGGUGGAGAAGGGGGGUGGGGAAAUGGAGAUGUGAAUGGAGUGGGAAGGGAUCUUGGUGGGGGAGUGGAUGGGAGGGAGGAGAGGAAUGCAGGGACGGUGGGAGGAGUGGGGGGUGUGGGAGCGGUUGGAGGAGGCGAUGGGGAAGGGGGAGCAGUGGGAGCGAGUGGUGAGGGAAUGGGAAGGGGUGGUGAGGGAGUGGGGGAGGGUGGUAAGGAGGGCGGUGAGGGAGUGACAGAAGGGAACAGCAGGGGCGAGUGGAAGGGCGAGUGGAAGGGCGAGUGGAAGGGCGAGUGGAAGGGCGAGCGGAAGGGCAAUCGCAGGGGCAGGAGCGUACGUACGAAGGAUGGGGGACAAGAGAAGCCGGUUCAGAGGGGUGGGGAGGAGCAGGGGGGAGUUGGGGGGGAGAAGGGGGAGUUGGAGGGGGAAGUGGAGGUGGUUGGGGAGGGGGAUGGGGAAAAGGGGGUGGUCAGGGGGGAGGAGAAGGAGGAGGAGGAGGGUGGGGCGGAGGCGGUUGGGGAGGAGAUGGGGGAGAUGGAGGGGAUUGGGGAGCAUUAG